GUCACACCCUUCCCGGCCUCUCACCCCUCCCCUCCCGCUCUGCCCGCCAUGUUCCGGAGGAGGAGAUUCUGGUAGCCUGGCUUUAGCUGGCUUAGCAUUAGCAACACUCGGCUAGGCGGAGGCGCAACAAGCUCCCUUGAACGCCAGGAAUAAGUACUCCGUCGUGGAGCCCCCCUCCCCCCUUCUCCCCUCUUCCUCCUCUUCCCCCUUUUGGAAUUAACGAAACUCGUUUAUGGUUUUGACCCCCUCUCCCCCCGCCCCACUGGAUUAACGGCUGAACCCGAGUUGUCGUCAACGAAACAUAUAUGGUGAUGGCGCAGUCAUGCGUGCAGCCAGCACUGUGUGUUUGGAGAUGAAUUUAGCAGACGCCGUUCUGGAGGACUCGGGAACCCUGCGCUGGCCUUCAGAAGCCUCAUAAACCAACGCACACGCACUAGAAGAUUCACACGUACACGCCGCCGCGCCUUGAGGAAGGACACCGGCGCGCACAGCGACCACUCCCAUCUACGCCCUCGACCCAAACGUUUUUUCCAAGCUCCGCUUUCCGCUUUCCUCUUUCCCAACGCCGCCACCAUGCCGCGCUCCACCAUCCGCCGGCAGAUGAAGAACAUGGUGAACAACUACUCUGACGCGGAGAAGAAGGUCAGGGAGGCCACCUCCAACGACCCCUGGGGCCCGUCGUCGUCGCUCAUGUCCGAGAUCGCCGACCUCACCUACAACGUGGUCGCCUUCAGCGAGAUCAUGAGCAUGAUCUGGAAGCGGCUCAACGACCACGGCAAGAACUGGCGCCACGUCUACAAGGCGCUCACGCUGCUCGACUACCUGAUCAAGACGGGCUCGGAGCGCGUGGCGCUGCAGUGCAAGGAGAACAUCUUCGCCAUCCAGACGCUGAAGGACUUCCAGUACAUCGACCGGGACGGCAAGGACCAGGGCAUCAACGUGCGGGAGAAGAGCAAGCAGCUGGUGGUGCUCCUCAAAGACGACGAGCGCCUCAAGGGAGAGCGCUCUCAGGCCCUGAAGACCAAAGAGCGGAUGGCCCAGGUGUCCACUGGCAGCGGUCAGGUGGGCUUCGGCAGGGGCUCGUCUCAGCCCAACCUCUCCACCUCCUACAGCGAAGAGUACGGCCAGAGGUCCGAGGGCUCCCCCGCCUCCUACCACGGCUCCACGUCUCCCAACGCCGGCUCGGAACUGGAGCAGGCCAGACCCCAGACCAGCGGGGAGGAGGAGCUGCAGCUGCAGCUGGCUCUGGCCAUGAGCCGAGAGGCGGCCGAGCAGGUACACACGCAGGAGGACCGCAUACGCAGAGGGGACGACCUGCGACUGCAGAUGGCCUUGGAGGAGAGUAAGAAAGGAGGUCCAGAAUCAGCAAAGCUGGCCAAGAAGAAGAAAGAGCCACAGUCCGCUCUGAUGGAUCUGAUGAGCGUCCCGGAGCCCAGGGCCACCGCUGACCCCUGGGGGGCGGGGGCCGGAGCAGCAGCACCAGAAGACCCCUGGCAGUCUUACGGGUCUGCACCCAAGCCCGCCCCCCCCGUGGACCCGUGGGGCACCGCUGCCUCUGUCCCGCCCAUGAAGAGCAGCGAUCCCUGGUCAUCCAACUCCCUUCCUGCCGCUGACCCCUGGGGCUCCGCAGCCUCCCGCCCUCAGGCUUCCAACACAGGUAGCUUUGACCUGUUCAAUGCAUCCAACGGUACGUCUAAAGAGGACUUCUCAGAGUUUGACAGCCUGCGCUCUUCCUCCUCUGUCCCCACUGGCGACGGGGGCGUGGCCUCCAUCCUCUCUCAAGCCAGCCUGGCUAGCAGCGGCAGCCUUGACCUCUUCGACCCCCUGCCCGGCUCCAUGUCCAUGUCCGGCAUCGGCAACCCCACCAGGAAGACCCCGGAGUCCUUCCUGGGUCCCAACGCCGCGCUGGUCAACCUGGACUCGCUGGUGACCAAACCGGCCCAGCCGCCGCCGGUCGUCAACCCCUUCCUGGCCUCCACAGGUCUCUCGGCUCCGGCUGCAGCGGCCCACGCCAACCCCUUCCAGGUGAGCCAGCCGGCGCCCCCCACCCUCAACCAGAUGCGCGUGAGCCCCAUGCCCUCCGGCUUCGGCCUGGCGGAGCCGAUGGCCGUCCCCUCGGUGCCGGCUCACCCCGUUGCCAUGGCUCCCCGGGCGGCGCCCGGGGUGGGGCCGGGCUCCAUGAUGUCCAUGCCACAGCCCCUGAUGAGCAUGCCGGCACAGCAGGGCGGGGCGCAGCCCGGCGGGACCACAAACCCCUUCCUCUUGUGAGAGUGGGGGGGGGUGACGACGACAACUUGACCCAGAGUAACCCUCCUCCCCCCUCCCCCUUCUCUGGCCACUUAUGAAGCUUCAAAAUAAACAAGGAGACGUCUUAUCCCGUCUAUUGCCUCACCCAGCACACGUUAACACACCACCCCCCCCACACACGUUAACCCCCCCCCCUUUGUCUCAAUGCUACAAGCUGCCCAGUCCCACGUGUUCCAAACGGAUCCGACGGUGGUGUUGAUGACGGACUCAGAGCUGCAGUGGUGUUUACAGUCUUUCCACCGAGGCGGGACAGGAGCCCCUCCCUUCUCCACCCCCCCACCCCCCUCCUUUUUGGACUACUCGUUCUCUUCUUCUGUGGUAGAGUGAGACAGUCCGACCAUGCGAACACAAGGAUUGUAUCUCUUCACUAGAGCUAAUCUUGUAUAAACCCUGUGUGUGUGUGUGUGUGUGUGUGUGUGUGUGUGUGUGUGUGUGUGUGUGUGUGUGUGUGUGUGUGUGUGUGUGUGUGUGUGUGUGUGUGUGUGUGUGUGUGUGUGUGUGUGUGUGUGUGUGUGUGUGUGUGACUAAGCAGGGAUUUUGCACAACCUUUCGUCUUUUAUUUCUUCUUCUGUCUGCGGCUGUUGGGCUCACCGUUACACCUUAGCGAGGGAGGGGGGGCGGAUGAGACCCACCGCCUCGUCUUUCCGUGUCACUCACGACUCUUUCGGUCACUUCCUGUCAAAAUUGGACCCCCACCAUCCAUGUGAACUUUGACCUCCAGGGGUCACAAAACUAACAAUGGACACUAAGGGGGGACACAUUGUCCCGGGCGGGGGGGGUGAUGUGUAACUGCAGUUAAUGCUCUCAUACCAACAGCCACAUGUCACAACCCCCCCCCCCCCCCUCCCAAGUGUGUGUUGUAAAGAAAAAACAUGAGCUGUGAUGGCAUCAGUAGUGUGCUAUCUGAACAUAUGGAUGCAGUGAUGCAUCAUGGGACAGGUUUUUAAUUUUUAUUUUAGUUCCUUCUGUGUAGUUUGUUUCUAGGAUCAAAGGGAUGAGGGCGGG